CCCCGCUCCCAAAUAAGAGGCGUGUGAGUAGGGCGGCACGUCCCCCUACCUCGACUCUCCUGCUUUCGCCCAUUGCCGGGCUGUCUCCGGAGAAGAUGGCAGCGGAGGAGGCUGCGGAGGCCUUGCUGGUGCGGCUGUCCCCGGAGCGGAGGCAGCCGGAGCGGGAAGACGACGAUGAGGAGAACCCCGAAGGCGGCGGCGAGACAGCAGCGCUCAAUGGCGUGGUUGUCCCUGGAAAAGAGAAAAGCAACAACCUGGAUGUGAAAGUUACUGAGUCAGAAUUGGAAACUGAAGAAAAAGGAAUGGAGGAAGAAUCCACAAGGGAAUCUGAUAGCAACAUUUUGGAUGUAUCAUCUGAUUAUCCAAGAGAGAAACAUAUUUCAAUUCAAAGACAUCUUGCUGAUCUAGAGAAACUAGCUGACCUGAAAGAAGGUGAGUUUACCAUGGCAGUAUCUGAGACCACAGAUCUUCAUGUUACAGAUGAAAAGAAGCCUUGUCCAUUGUGUCCUGAGGAGAAAUUCAAAGCUUGCUAUAGUCAUAAACUCCAUCGACACCUUCAGAAUUUGCACUGGAAAGUUUCUGUUGCAUUUGAAGGGUACAGAAUGUGCAUCUGUCACUUACCUUGUCGUCCAGUAAAACCAAACCUCAUUGGAGACCAGACAUUUUCAAAGAUGGGAGCCCAUUACCAUUGUAUCAUCUGUUCAGCAACUAUCACACGAAGAACUGACAUGAUAGGUCAUAUUAAUCGUCAUGUGAAUAAAGGAGAAACUGAAUCAAGGUUUAUUACAGUUCCUGCUCCCAAGUCUUCUCAUGAAGUGCUGAAAGAGUCGGCCACAGAUGUGCAGGUUCUUCCCAACUACUCCACACCUCAGAAAACAGAUUCCUAUUUUAAUCCUAAAAUGAAACUCAACAGGCAAUUGAUAUUCUGUGCACUAGCUGUUCUAGCUGAGGAACGUAAACCGAUAGAAUGUUUGGAUGCUUUCGGUGCCACUGGUAUAAUGGGAUUACAAUGGGCAAAGCAUCUCAGAAGUUCUGUGAAGGUUACAAUUAAUGAUUGUAAUGAAAAUUCUGUGACAAUGAUUCAGGAAAACUGCCAUUUAAACAAAAUGAAGGUGAAACUGCACACUAAGGAACAAGACUAUGAUGAAGCUAUGGGAGAUGGAGGAGAAAAUAGUGACACCAUUGAGGUGACAAAAAUGGAUGCCAAUGUUAUAAUGCAUUUGAGAUCAUUUGAUUUUAUCCAUUUGGAUCCCUUCGGAACUUCUGUGAAUUAUCUGGAUUCUGCCUUUAGAAAUGUGAGAAAUCUUGGAAUUGUGUCACUCACGUCCACAGACAUCAGUUCUCUGUAUGCAAAGGCUCAACACGUUGCCCUGCGUCAUUAUGGAUGUAAUAUUGUCAGAACUGAGUACUACAAGGAACUGGCAGCCAGAAUAGUAAUAGCUGCUGUGACAAGAGCUGCAGCUCGCUGUAACAAAGGCAUUGAAGUUUUACUUGCAGUAGCUCUAGAACAUUUUGUUCUAGUAGUGGUCAGAGUUUUAAGGGGGCCAUCCCCUGCGGAUGAUUCAGCAAAGAAAAUAAGAUACCUCAUCCAUUGCCAGUGGUGCGAAGAGAGAAUUUUUCAGAAAGAGGGUAAUAUGGUAGAAGAAAACCCUUAUCAGCAGCUGCCUUGUGAUUGUCACGGCAGUAUGCCAGGGAAGACAGCAGUAGUUCUUGGUCCGCUCUGGUCAGGAGCCCUCUUUAACACUGGAUUCCUCAGAAGAAUGCUGUUUGAGGCUGUCCAGUAUGGUUUGGAUGAAGCUCAGCCACUCUUGAAGACAUUAGUUUGUGAAGCAGACUGCACAACUUUAAAACAUUUUUCUAUCCAUAGUCUUUAUGAUGAGAACAAACAAGAAGAGUGUGGCGUAUAUAUUAAAACACCAAAUACUUCUGCAGAAUCCUACUUGGUACAUGGAAAAAGAAAAAGCGAUGAAGUGAUUCGAAAUGCAGCCAAGCGACAAAAAUCUGAGAACAGUGCUGAGCAUCCUGCAUUUUACUACAAUAUCCACAGACACAGUAUUAAAGGGAUGAACAUGCCAAAGUUAAAUAAGUUCUUAAACUAUCUCUCUGAAGCUGGAUACAGAGUAAGCAGAACCCACUUUGAUCCUAUGGGAGUUCGCACGAAUGCGCCCUUGGCACAGUUUAAGACUAUUCUUAUGAAGUACAGCACUCCCACAUACCUGGGGGGGCAGGCAGAAGGCCCUGUCCAUCUACCUGAAGAUGUCAAGGCAGGAGAACAGGUUCAGGCUGCUGAAGACAGCAAGGCAGGAGAUACCGAGUUUCUGGAAGAUGAUAAAUCUGGAGUCGCUGCCGCCAUGUUCACAAAAGACUACCCUACUUACUGUGGAGCUGAUUAAUGCAAAUCCUUUUGUUAGUAGAUCAGGAUAUUGCAGUCUUGCAAGCACACCCUGUUCAAGUAAGCCAGUACUUUUUACUAAACGGGAUUUUGAAAACUUGAGUUGCCUGCUAUUUUAAUUUGGAAAGAUGUUUUAGAAUUAUGUAGCAGAACUUACCCCUCAUCACAGCGUGCGUGGUCAAGGUACUGUUACUGUGGGAAGGUUUCGGAGACAGUAACUUGCUUUUACAGUCACAUCCACUUUCACACUGAGGCACUGUGGCUGCUCCCAAGUCUUUGUUUAAGCCUUAUUGCUAGCACAAAAUUGUGGAUGGGGCCAAAACUCUUAAGCAUUUCUGAACAUGAGGUUAAUAUGAAACGGAAUAUUCCUAAAAUAAAUCAUUCCUAAAACCUGACUGGUUACAAUUCAGAGGGAGGUCAUGUUAAGAUGAUAAAAUAUCACAGGAUAAAAUGUGAUCUGAGUUUAAGCAAGCCAGAAAGUCCUAACUCGGUGCACUUCUAACUCCAGACUGCACGUGUAAUUUGGCAUUCAGUUCUGUUUUCAUAGUUCUGCCUACAAGCAAGGACCUAACAUGAGUGAGAACGGAAAGGAAUGGUUCCAAGACUGUUACUGAAACUUCAGUUUAUAACCAAACUUUAGUGAAUUGUGUUAGUCACCCUAGGUAGUUGUUUGUUCAGAGAUUACAUUUGGUUGUAUACUGCAAAAAGGUACAGUGACAAGGCACCACAAAUUGAAGUUCUAAGUGAAGUUUUGCUAUGAGUUUGUCAAUAAUACAAUCUUAGCUGUUAAAAAGAUCUCUUCUGUGAACGAGCAAAGAUGCUGUGUGUUGGUUCUGGUUUCCUUAAAUAUAUGGCAGCAUUCUAGCCAAAUGAG